AUGCCAGACAUCGUAGUAUUGGGUUACAGUAGAAACCCCUCCAUCCUGUCGUUCAUCUUUCAUCCCUCCAUCCUAUCGUUCAUCUGCCAUCCCUCCAUCCUAUCGUUCAUCUGUCAUCCAUCCAUCCUAUCGUUCAUCUGUCAUCCUUCCAUCCUAUCGUUCAUCUGUCAUCCUUCCAUCCUAUCGUUUAUCUGUCAUCCUUCCAUCCUAUCGUUCAUCUGUCAUCCCUCCAUCCUAUCGUUCAUCUGUCAUCCUUUCAUCCUAUCGUUCAUCUGUCAUCCCUCCAUCCUAUUGUUCAUCUGUCAUCCUUCCAUCCUAUCGUUCAUAUGUCAUCCCUCCAUCCUAUCGUUCAUCUGUCAUCCCUCCUUCUUAUCGUUCAUCUGUCGUCCCUCCAUCCUAUCGUUCAUCUUGCAUCCCUCCAUCCUAUCGUUCAUCUGUCAUCCUUCCAUCCUAUCGUUCAUCUGUCAUCCCUCCAUCCUAUCGUUCAUCUGUCAUCCCUCCACCCUAUCGUUCAUCUGUCAUCCCUCCAUCCUAUCGUUCAUCUGUCAUCCCUCCAUCCUAUCGUUCAUCUGUCAUCCCUCCAUCCUAUCGUUCAUCUGUCAUCCCUCCAUCCUAUCGUUCAUCUGUCAUCCCUCCAUCCUAUCGUUCAUCUGUCAUCCUUUCAUCCUAUCGUUCAUCUGUCAUCCCUCCAUCCUAUUGUUCAUCUGUCAUCCUUCCAUCCUAUCGUUCAUAUGUCAUCCCUCCAUCCUAUCGUUCAUCUGUCAUCCCUCCUUCUUAUCGUUCAUCUGUCGUCCCUCCAUCCUAUCGUUCAUCUUGCAUCCCUCCAUCCUAUCGUUCAUCUGUCAUCCUUCCAUCCUAUCGUUCAUCUGUCAUCCCUCCAUCCUAUCGUUCAUCUGUCAUCCCUCCAUCCUAUCGUUCAUCUGUCAUCCCUCCAUCCUAUCGUUCAUCUGUCAUCCCUCCAUCCUAUCGUUCAUCUGUCAUCCCUCCAUCCUAUCGUUAAUCUGUCAUCCCUCCAUCCUAUCGUUCAUCUGUCUUCCCUCCACCCUAUCGUUCAUCUGUCAUCCCUCCAUCCUAUCGUUCAUCUGUCAUCCCUCCAUCCUAUCGUUCAUCUGUCAUCCCUCCAUCCUAUCGUUCAUCUGUCAUCCCUCCAUCCUAUCGUUCAUCUGUCAUCCCUCCAUCCUCGGAGCUGAGUCUGACUUUGUGUGUUUCUGA